UGCAGCUCCGGCCCACAUUUGAAUCGCAGCUGCGAGUCUCUUCGACUAUGUAAAACAGGACGGGAUCAGUUAGAGUAUUUCUUCCGGGUUGGGCGAGCGAAGGGAGGGAUGCGCCGACGAGUGAUGCUGCCCGCGGUCGCCUCGCACAUCAGCAGCCGAGCUCUGCUCCCUCAGUGAGACAGACGUCCGUCCGUAGAGAGGGGGAGCUCACAGCGCACAGCGCCGCCGCCGCCGCCGCCGCCGACAGCCACAUUGACGGUCUCUGCCGCCUUCAGACCCCGGACGGUGCCGCCGUGGUGGCGCUCAACGCGAGGAACACCUCGUCUCCGACUCCGGGGCUGUUGUUGGGUUUUUUUGGAGUUGUUUUUGUGGAGGUUGGUGUCUCGACGACGCGGAGAGGACCACACUGCCCCCCCCCCCUCCUUCCCUCCCCUCCACCAUCACCGUUAGCUCGCUAAGCUAGCUUAGCCCGCUAACUUAGCGGCGAUACUUUGUACCGCGUCGGCGUCAGUGUUCCUGCCGUCUCUCUGCGCCACGGAGGCGGACCGAGGUGCCCCCCCCCCCCGACACUCUGGGAGCAUGUUUGAGUGACAAGCAAAGGAGGAAGUGGGAUCUCUGACGCUCCGCCCCCUCGGCUGGUGGAGCACCCUGUCGUCUGACCAGAGACCCCUUUAGUCACACGAGAGGAUGCGGAGGUUUGCCUACUGUAAGGUGGUUUUAGCCACCUCUCUGGUGUGGGUGAUGCUGGACAUGUUCAUUCUGCUCUACUUCAGCGAGUGCAACAAGUGUGACAACAAGAAGGAGAGAGGACUGCCCGGCAGAGACGAAGCCCUCACCAGGCCGCGAGAUGGGCCUGGUGAAGGGGGGAAGCCAGUUGUAAUCCCUAAGGAGAACCAGGAGAAGAUGAAGGAGAUGUUUAAGAUUAACCAGUUCAACCUCAUGGCCUCGGAGAUGAUUGCCCUCAAUCGUUCACUGCCUGACGUCCGCCUGGAAGGGUGCAAGAACAAGUUGUACCCCGAUAAUCUUCCGCGCACCAGCGUGGUGAUUGUAUUUCACAAUGAGGCGUGGAGCACACUGCUGCGAACCGUCCACUCCGUCAUCGACCGCUCUCCGCACACACUGCUGGAGGAGAUUGUCCUGGUGGACGAUGCCAGCGAGAGAGAUUUCCUGAAGCGGCCGUUGGAGCAGUAUGUCAGAAGGCUUGAAGUCCCCGUCAGAGUGGUGAGGAUGGAGCAGCGGUCUGGACUUAUCCGUGCUCGUCUCAAAGGAGCAUCUCUCUCCACUGGCCAGGUUAUAACCUUUCUGGAUGCUCAUUGUGAAUGCACAACAGGGUGGCUAGAGCCUCUGCUCACCCGCAUCAAGCAAGACAAAAAAACGGUGGUGUGUCCGAUCAUCGACGUGAUCAGCGAUGAUACGUUUGAGUACAUGGCAGGGUCCGACAUGACGUACGGAGGCUUCAACUGGAAGCUGAACUUCCGCUGGUACCCUGUUCCCCAGAGAGAGAUGGACCGCCGCAAAGGAGACCGCACUCUUCCCGUCAGGACUCCCACCAUGGCGGGCGGCUUGUUCUCCAUAGACAGAGAUUAUUUCCAGGAGAUCGGCACGUAUGACGCAGGCAUGGACAUCUGGGGCGGAGAGAACCUGGAAAUCUCUUUCAGAAUCUGGCAGUGUGGCGGGACGCUAGAAAUUGUCACAUGCUCUCAUGUGGGUCACGUGUUCAGAAAGGCGACGCCCUACACGUUUCCAGGGGGAACGGGACAGAUCAUCAACAAAAACAACCGCCGCCUGGCAGAAGUUUGGAUGGACGAAUUCAAAAACUUCUUCUAUAUCAUCUCUCCUGGUGUGACCAAAGUGGACUAUGGUGACAUCACAAUUCGCUCUGCACUGAGACAAAAGCUCCAGUGUAAACCGUUCAGUUGGUACUUGGAGAACGUCUACCCCGACUCCCAGAUCCCCAGGCACUAUUACUCCCUGGGCGAGAUUCGCAACGUGGAGACGAACCAGUGCCUGGACAACAUGGCUCGCAAGGAGAACGAGAAGGUCGGCAUUUUCAACUGCCACGGCAUGGGAGGCAACCAGGUUUUCUCCUACACGGCCAAUAAGGAGAUCAGGACCGACGACUUGUGUCUAGACGUGUCCAAGCUAAACGGACCCGUCAUGAUGCUCAAGUGCCACCACCUCAAAGGCAACCAGCUCUGGGAGUACGACCCCGUGAAGCUGACUCUGGUCCACGUCAACAGCAACCAGUGUCUGGACAAGGCCAGCGAGGAGGACAGCCAGGUGCCCAGUGUCAAAGACUGCACACACACACGCUCUCAACAGUGGCUGCUCCGCAACGUCACACUACCAGAGGUCUUCUGACCACACUCUGCACGCUGACAAACACACACACACACACACGCAGACACACACACGCACACACAACAGCAGCGAAGAGGGAAGUGGGGGCGUUUAUUAAGAUUGGGCUCCGGGAAAAAGAAAGACUUCCCACGAGUGGACGUCGGAAGGGAGGAGGACGGAUUAGAUGGUACUACCUCUGCCAGAGAUCAGAGGGAGGAGCGUGUUCGACCCUCAUCCGAGCGAAGAGGAGAGGAAAGACUCCUUUUACCCUUUUCAUUUUUCUUUUCUUAAAGAGAUUUUGACGACGUAGAGUGACUCACUCUCGGACGUAAAUAUGAGUCUGCCUGGUGGAGUCGAGGCUCUGCACCCACAGCUUCCCUGGACAAAGCAGUCCACCCCUGAACUCAUGAAUUAAGGUUUACUGACUGCCUCGUGUGUGUGUGUGUGUGUGUGUGUGUGUGUGUGUGUGUGUGUGUGUGUGUGUGUGUGUGUGUGUGUGUGUGUGUGUGUGUGUGUGUGUGUGUGUGUGUGUGUGUGUGUGUGUGUGUGUGUGUGUGUGUGCGUGUGUGUGUGCGUGUGCGUGCACUCUGAGAUGAAUAUGUGCUUUGUGACGGGGACUGAAUUCUUUUGUUUUUCUUUUUUUUUAUUUAAUUUGUAAUGGAUUUUGAAAAUGAACUCUGGUGAACUCAGAUGAAGAAGAGUGCAUUAGGACGUGAGCGUGUUUGCGCGCGUGUGUGUGUGUGUGUGUGUGCGUGUGUGUGUGUGUGCGCGUGUGUGUUUGUGUUACUGUCAUGUAUGCAUGUGUCAGAGCCCCUCCUACAGAACUGCAGCAGUGUAUGUCGCCUUCUGGUGUUACUCCUCGGCAUUUCAUCCUACAGACUGAAGCCUCCUGGCUGAGGAAUUUUUCCAAGGGACUGCAGAUAUUAAAAAAAACAAAAAAAACAACAACAAAAAACCCCAGAGAGGACCCGUACACGAGAAUCCUACGCCUGCCAUGAGCAGAGAUCUAGUGAUAGAGAAAAAAAAAAGAUGUUUGUGCUAUCUUGAGAUUUCUAUGUCCAGUUUUUACAUGGCUUUGUCUGUUUUUACAGUCCUGUGCCACAGAGCAGUAGCCCUCGUCCGUCUGUCCGUCUCUGUCUUUAACGGUGUUUAACAUAGAGCCACCAGGCACACAUACAGACAACUCUGCAUCAGUAACCGAUGGUCACUGCCUCAAGUAGUGUUAAACCUUAGGGAGCUCUCCUAAAGGCACUACACACACAUACACACACACACACACACACACACCCUGUAUACAUAUAGGAAGAAGCCUCCCCUAGCCUGAUACUUUAAUCCAUUUUGGCAUAUCUUCUUCUCGAUGACCUCUUGGAAGUGUGGCUUCAUUACUAAUCAGUCUGUCAGCUCCAUGUUUACUAGAACAAGCAGCUCUCUCAGAGUCCUCGCUGUUGGACAACCAAGAGUCUGUAGCGUAGGCUGACGGCACAUCAGCGUAUUCUUGCAUCUGUUGUACAAAAAAAAGCGUAAAUGCUACUUUUUGUUUUCCUUUGUCUUCGCUCUCCUGAGUCAGUCGAAGGCGACGCCUGGAGAGCGGAUUGAAUAUCGGAGACGUUGCUAACAAUAAUCAGGGACAGAAUCAUGUUGUAGAGAGCUGAGCGGAGUAAACGUUUCGAUCUGUGGAUUACAAAGAGCACAGCAGCAGCAGCAGAUGACAUAUCUUAAUCCAUAACUACAUAUCUGUCUUUUACAAGCUCGCCUGCAGUGUUCCGCUGCUCAUAUCUCACUGAGCCAAACGGGCAGAAACACUUUCAACAGUGUGUCACUUCAACCAUCAUCUUUUCUUAAUGCUUGUAUCACUCCUGCGGCUGCAAGUCGGAGCAGUAGAGGUGAUUUCAUAAAGGUUUUCACCAUUUCAGCUUCCUCCAGUGGAGGAAGGGUUUACACAUAGGACACGUCAUUGGUUCAUCUUUGUUGUGGACAGUGAGAGGAGGCCCUCCGUGGAUUUUUUUUUUUUUCCCUCAUGUCUAAGCGAGUGACUGGUCAAGAUGUGAAAGUUUUUUGAUUGUGAUACCGAGAGGGGUGUCAUCAGUUGUUUUCCGAUUGGGUGGGGGGUCGGGGGCUUUGCAGUUAACUGACAUGUCCAGGCUUCCACACUGAGCUGAUCCAAAUGUAGAAAAUAAAGGUUAAAAAGUUUACUGAACCAUA